AUGCAUCGUCUUUUUGCUGAGCUGGAGCCAUCUUUAACCGUCACAGAGCAAAACCUGGCAGACCGAGUUCGGUAUAUCUUGCGCUCAAAUAUAUUUGAUGUCGCCGAACUCGAACGGCUACGAUGUGAGGCUGUUCCCUCGUCGGAUGAGAAUGCUACGGUUGAGGAUGCGGCGCCACAAAUGGUAGAGCAACCCGCAAACGUGGAUGCCGCCGUGAAUACCCCAGUUGUGGUUGAUUCAAACGAUAAUGGAACAGUCGCCCAGGAACUGGAAUUAGAGCAUAAGAGGAGUACAUUGGAAGAGGCGAUUGUGGAAACGCGCAGUACGCCUCUCGAAAAUCGAACGCGACUUCCCCGCAUAGCCCUAAGCAAGCGGAAUCGGGCUGUCGUGAGGGCUUUGAAACCAAUGCUGGUGACCUAUUUGGAAGUCAGCCGGGACCUUUGCGAGACGGAGUCAAUUCUUUUUGGCGCCGCGCUGGCAACCUGCCGUAUCAUAGGCGCCAAGGUUUCCACGGCUGGACGCGCUACUGGCCAUAGUAGCGCUAUCCCAGCAUGGAGAAGAAGAAUUGAGGAACGUAUCGCAAAGGCUAGAGCUCUCAUCGGCAGACUGAUAUGCUUCAGAUCAGGCAACAACAGGCCAAGAAUUGUGCGCACCGUCAGGAUGGCGUUUGCUGGGACAAAUGUCAGUUUGUCCCAGCCGGAUAUAACGCAAAAACUGACGGAGCGCAUAAAUGAUCUGAAGCAGAGAAUCGCUGCUUGGGGAAAGCGGAUUCGGCGAUAUACCGAGAGGUCGACACGGUUCAACCAGAAUCGUCUCUUCCAGAGUGAUCAGAAGAGGCUCUAUGAAUCAUUGGAGCGAUCAAUGGUAAGUGGAACGGGUCCAGCACCGAAUCAGACCGACACUGUAGCAUUCUGGCGCGGCCUGUGGUCAGAGCCCGUAAACCACAGCGAGGGCCCUUGGACGGAAGUUGUGGCGAGUCAGUGUGCGGGUAUUACGCCCAUGGACCCCGUAAUCAUAACGCCGGAUGACGUAGCUGAGGCGGUCCGUAGGGCCCCGAACUGGAAAAGUCCGGGGCUUGACGGGCUGCAUCACUACUGGCUGAAGGGGAUCAUGAUCAAAUACGAAGCAAAGACUGUAUAA